AUGCCCCACCACCACCACCAGGUUUGUCAGAAGAGUACCGACGGCCAGACGACGUACAGUCUAGGCUCGCAGGACUCUGCUGCGUUUACAGGAGACAACACUACAGUGAAACUUGGCUAUACAGGACCCGCGCCUGAUAACAGACAGUCAGAGGUUACCCUAACGUGCACGUCAGGCGCAACGCAGUUCACCGUGCUGGGGGAAGAUACAAGUGUCAGCAUCUACAAAUUCGAGCUGAAGAGUCCGUGCGCAUGCCCAGGAGCGUCGGCUAGCUGCAACAGCUCAGGGAUCAGUGGCGGAUGGGUUUUCGUCAUCAUAGUACUGGUGGUACUGGUAGUGUACCUGGUGGGUGGGAUCAUCUUCAUGUCCCUGGUGAAGAAGGCGUCAGGAGCGGAGCGGAUCCCCAAUGUCGAGUUCUGGAAGGAUCUACCAAUACUCGUCAAGGAUGGAGCUGUGCUUGUCAUAAGUCCCUGCCGGAAGCAAGACAGCUAUGACAAAAUUUAAACAAAGUUCUCGAAAGAAGCUGCCGCUUUGCUCAACAAGUCCGAGGUUUUAGCUACAUUUACCUACGUAAUGAUAGACGUUCUAUUGCUUUCCUUAGACAUUGUUAUCAUAACUUCUUUCACACGUUUUGCCAUUUUCACUCCAUUUAGUUCGAAUAAGAUAAAUAUCAACUUUUGUCAUGGCCCGAAUUUAUGAGGGUGUAAGUCAAUAAAAGUCAUGUGAUCAAAAAUAUA